GCCAUCUAUUAUCAAAGUUAUAAUAGAAAUUGAAUUGUACCUUUGGCAUUUUGUCAUAGAUGUUGUCACUAGUCUGUUUUAAUGUGGUAUUUCCAUAAUUAAGGAGAUAUAAAAAAGUUUAAUAUAAAUUACAAAUACCAUGACUCAGGGCAAUUGGACCGACAGUCUGUUAUUAUUGGGAUACAUGUUUUGCCACAAUUUAUACAGUUUUCUUUAUCUUUUUUAUAAUAUAUUAUGCAUCAUUCGGUGUCAUACUAUAAGAGACAGCUCCUAUUUUCACUCGUAACUCUCAGUUGAUCGGAGUGGGGUGGACGGUUAUUUCAUACGGUGGUUAAACUAUAGACAUUACGUGAAAGAAGUGUCGAUUCAUUUGGGCAGAAUUAGAUUUAGAUUGGCCCGAUCAUCAAUCUACUGUCUAGCGAGAGAACCACGGUUCCCGCUAUGGUGGCAGUAGCUGUUAUGCUUCUUCAAGGAAUGAUGGGAAGAUGGCGACGUAUUUGAAGCGAACGUCAAAAUUGUUUGAUAUUUCUUUGUCACAACCGUCGGUGGACAUUAGUCUUCGAGAUCUGAUAUGUCCAGUGUGCCGUAGCAUCUUGAUCGAGCCAGUAACGUUACCGUGCACACACAGUUUAUGUUUACGAUGCCUGAAAGGUACUUUUGAACACAAUAGCCUAAGCUGUCCUCUCUGUCGAAUACGAGUUGGUUCUUGGCUACGUACGGCGACCAAGACCGAAACACUAGUUAACAACGGUCUCUGGGAACUCAUCCGAACGAAAUUCUCAAAAGAAGUUCAGGACAAAUAUAACGGCGACGACAAAGACAUCGAAUUGGAUGCUGAGUUUGCUGCUGCUAAUAAAAUACUCAGUGCAGCUGGAGAAAUUCGUAGAGAAUAUGAAGUACAACUUCAGAUGGCUGAAGAGGAAAGACAAUGCCAACGAAAGGCUGAACAGAUGGCCAGUGAGGCUUUGAUUCGCAAAAUUCAGGAAGAAGAGCAACAGCAACAAAUGGCUCAAUUGGCUCAAGAUCAACUGCUUGCCAAAUCACUAGUAAAAAAACAAAUUGUAGAGAAGCAUAAAGAUGUCAGCAAAUGUUACAAUGAUUAUCCUAGCACGUCUAGUAGUUCUUUGCAAACAUCAAAAUUUAAUGCUGUUACUAUGAUAGACGUAAAUCCGUAUAGAUUGCAAUUUCACACUUCUGAAUGUGAAAAGGAGACUCCAGUAGAAUAUCAAGAUGGCUCAGGGUUAAGGAGACAGAAUAUUGCACUUAUAUCUAAAAUACAUGUAGAUAGGCAUGCUUCUAAUGUAAAAAAUAAUGACUUAUCGAAUGAAUCCAAUGAUAGUACGAAUAAAUUUUGUUGUCAGAAACAAAUACCUAUAUAUAAUGCUGUUACUAGAACUUUGAAGCAUCAUGCAGCAACAAAAAUUAUGGAACCUUGUACCUCGGACUGUCCUACAGAAACAACAAAGGUGUCUUUGAAAAUAUAUGGUACCCGAAGCAAGGAGGAAUUACAUGUACCAAAUGAUGUUGUAAAUAGCAAGAAGAAAAGUUUAGGAGUGGAAGUAUGUAUGACCUUGGGCGAUGAUGACGAAAGAACGGGAAGCGCUGAAAGCGCGGAUAGUCACGAUAGUAUCAAUCAAGAAAUUCACCAUUUCAAACCUAUCAAGGCUAUGCCGAGAACGCCAUUAAAAAUGUCCACAGACGGAAGACAAAUAGAUCCGAAAUUAAUUAGAGUUGUUCCUGUAUUAAAAAGAAUGUCUAAUGUGAUACCAAAACCUCCUGCUCAGGCACACUUAAAACGAAUUAUCGGUUGUUCAUGGAGUGCAUUUCGAGGUAAAAGUAAGCAGCAGUGUUUCAAAGAGAAAGAGGCGCGUAAGGAAGAUACGGAGUGCGUCGAGCAGAAACCUUCAACGUCCUAUAAUCAGCCACAAAUUAUUCCCAAGAAAUUAACGAAAGUUCAAACACACGACAAUGCGCAUAAACUGGACUUCGCGUCGGAGGUGUCGUUCGACACUAAUAAAAAUUACGCGAAAGUCACGAACAGAACAAUUAAUGGUACUAAAGUCGGUAAAAAGUUGACGUUGGAGGAGCAAAUGGACAUGGAUAAAAUACAAAAAGUGUGGAAGUCUCAUGUGAGAAACGGAAUGGUGUGCAAGUCGAAGCGUCAAAGAAACCUGUGGUCAAAAAAGGACGUUAGGAAUACGAAGUACGCGGACGAAACCGAAGCGAGAAACUCAACGUCGUCGUCCGCUUCUGUGAAGUUGAGUUCGCCGUGCGACGAGGAUUUCGAGAUGCAAGUGGAGAACAACAUCACGAUGGAAAAUAUCGCGGAGAGAAUAAAGAGGAGAAGGACGAACGCGGACAAGAAGGAUCCGAACGGGAUCUCUUCGUUGAAUCUGGAAUCUGAUACGAUCGUGAAGAAGAACACCAGGAAGAGAUUGUGCAGGAAAGAGGAUCUCGAAUACAACGUGACGGACGACGUUCCUGUUAUGGUGCAAAAGAGGAGUAGAUCGAAAUACGUGAGAAGCAAUUUCUCGAAAUCGAAACAGCGAAGAGUAUGCCGAUCGAAGCAGUCCAGCACGGAGAGCUCCGAGAAAAGUGACGCGUCCGUUAGUUCGAAUUGCAAUGUGACCAAUUUUGGAUUAAGAAGAACCGCGCGGAAAUCCGGGCACGCGAACAGCUCUUCCGUGAACAGCGAACAGGACGCGAUGUUCGGGAACGCGGACGACGGAAAUUACAAUUCCUCGGAGUCGUGCAGCGAACUGCAAGAGAACGUUACGGGGAAUAAUGAUGGUAACGGAACGGUGAUCAACACGGGGAGGAAUGUUCUUUCGGACGAGGAGAUAAUCAAGGAGCAGGAGAGAAUGGAGCGACUGGUUAUACAAGAAAGGGAAGACUUCGAGUUGGCGCAAAGACUGCAAGCGAAAUUCGACGAGAUGGAGAGAAUAGCCGGUCGUACCAGACGAUCCAGAAGAGCCAUCGAGAGCGAAUCUGUCCAGUUAGACUUAUACAAAAUCGACGUCGGCCGUGGUGUACAGAAAACAAUCGACUCGCAUACUGCCAAAUCAUCGACAACCCUCAAUCUUACCGUGAGCACAGAGGCUAAGAAACGCGGCAGGCCUUCGAAGCGCGUGAAAUAAAGCCAAGAUUCUACAUUCGUCAUUACAUCUAAACUGCGAACCCUCCAAACGGAUGUUCCUAUAAAUUGUAAAAAACAAAACAAAACAAAAAGAAACGAAAGAAACGAAAGAUGGAAAAGCGAAUUACCAAGGUUUGAAUUUCUUCUUGUACAAUAACUUUAAUUGUAUCUUAAUCGAAUUAUUUGCGUGGCAUCAAAUAUGUACCUGGAUAUGUUACUGCGACAGUGAAAAACGAAAAAGGAACACGGCGCGCGACAGGUAAUUACCAGAACGUUACAGACAGUUGUUUCUCAAACGUAUAUAAAACGCAUGUGUUUCGCAAUAGCUCUUUUCUCGAUUCAACUUCGCUAUUCUUGAUGAUGCAAUCCUCCGCGACGAUUAUAUCCGGAAGUCGAGAAUUUUCCCCGCGAACUUUUCUACUCGGUUCUCUAUACAUUAUUUCUCGAAAUGUUCUUAAUCGAGACGGUGCGCCGCGGUGCACAGUAUAAAUUCUCAACGUUGAAGUCAUAGCUUUAAAAAUUACUUCGUUUCAACACGAUCGAAGCGUGCAACAGUAUUUUAUCGUUUUAUCCCGACAUUAUGGAAUACGGUUUAAUGAAAAGUGAAAACAGGUGGUUCGUUUUCGAAACGAUCGCGUGACCCUUGUGUACCAUUUUUCGUCUCGUUCUCGUUUGAUUUUCGAGAAAGCGAGAAAUAGCAAAGAACCCGUUUCGCGGCGGAUAUAUACCGUGCGCGUGGUUACAUUUCUAGCGGCCUUCGACAUCGUGCUACGAUCAAAGGAAUUCAACGUACAGUUAUUAGGUUGGGUCAUAAACGAAUUCCGCCGUGGCCAUCGAAAAAUUACUAGCCUACAAAUUUCAGUAACGCUUAACGCUGGGAAUCCGGUAAAAUUUCAAUUCGACGGCGAUGCAAAAUACGGCGAUCGAUUAAUAUUAACCGUUGCAACGGUUCUCGAGCCGUCGAAACUAUUAAGAAACAGAAAGCAACGGAAGUUAUUUACGAUUCAACCUGAUAAAUUAGAGAAGCGAACGAACGAUCGACGCGCAAGCGUGCACUCGCAGUAAUCGACGCUCGCCGGCACACGCUUUGUUUACCAUUUCAUCUUAGAAACAUGCGCGCACUCUUUUCGAUUCGCUGAUCGAACACACACCGUAUAGACAGGUAUAUUUUUUUACAGAGUCGCCUCGCAUGACGAAUCUAUAACGCUUCCAAUCGUUUUCGUAAUAAUAUUUAGCGUUAAGUGCGCGGCAAGGGGGACAAGAAAAAGGAAAAUCGAAACUAUGAACGGGAGAAACGGGAUUACGAAGCUUCGGAACGUUUCCCGCGGGAACACCGUGACGACGCGUUGCGAUUUCCUCGUUGCCUCCACCCCCCCAGCUCUCGGCGAUGCUUUCCGUGCCGUGACCUCUGCCUUCAGAAGCCAGAAACACGGUUCCGUUUCGGGAUCUCCGGAAUCUCGGUGCUCCCGAUGAACUGCCCUUCGAAAUCUCGAGAAAAGGGAAAAGAGAAACACGAUAAAUGAAACACGAUUCGAAGUCUUUGA